AUGAAGAGUGGCGGUAUCACACGUCACCAAGAAGCAGAAUUUAAGCAUGUCGUCAAACUUACCAAGGAGAGGAAAGCCCAGCAAGUUUUCCCUGAGAGCUGGGAGGAGGUGUGGAAGCCGAUGUCGGAGAACUGCUCCGGGUACAGAACCUGCGGCCAGUGUUUGGACCAGCCGGGCUGCGGUUGGUGCACCGACCCCAGCAACACGGGCAAAGGUCAGUGCAUCGAGGGCUCGUAUCGAGGGCCCUUCCAGACCUCGGUCCCGGCCCCGUCCACCCUCCCCGGCCUGCCUGCUAGCCCCCAGCCGGCCCUCAAUGCCAGCAUGUGCCCCAGCGAGGCCAAAUACAACUGGUCCUUCAUCCACUGCCCAGCUUGUCAGUGUAACGGUCACAGCCAGUGUGUCAACGAGAGCGUGUGCGAGAAGUGCGAGGACCUGACAACCGGCCGGCACUGCGAGAGCUGCAUCUCCGGCUUCUACGGAGAUCCGACCAACGGGGGCAGCUGCCAGCCCUGCAAGUGUAACGGCCACGCCAGCAUGUGCAACCCGAACAAUGGCAAGUGCUUCUGCACCACUAAAGGCAUCAAAGGAGACCGCUGCCACCUGUGUGAAGUCGAGAACCGUUACCAAGGCAACCCGCUCAAAGGAACAUGCUACUACACGCUGCUCAUCGACUACCAGUUCACCUUCAGCCUGUCGCAGGAGGACGACCGCUACUACACCGCCAUCAACUUCGUGGCCACACCUGAGGAGGUAUGUCUGACAGUGAACGCCCCGCCGCCACAGCAGCUGUCACUUUUAUUAGGAUUAAAGAUCGUGAAGUCGGCACCAGAUGAUGAUGAUGGAGAUUAG